AUGUCGAUACAUUGCGCAUCAUUGCAUCAAAUUGUUCCGCCACCAACUAAAAAUUCUGGCCGUCAAUUACCAAAUGGAAAUUUCGAGUCUGGUGAUACAUCGAGUGGUAGUAUAGAUUCAUUGAUAGCAUUCGAACGUGAUGACCCGGAUUUCCGGAUUCGACAGCGACUGGAAGCAUCUAGGCAAGGGAUGCUGCAACUGGAAGCGCUCCGCAGCAAGCAUCAAAAAUUGAUGCAGGAAAUGCGUAUUCGUUUGCCGCAUAGAAUCAAUAUGGAACGGCCAUAUGAUGAUUCAAGAAAGCAUAAAGGAUUAUCAGUUGCAAAUCCUCAAACUGAGAUCAAGUUGAAUGAUUUACGAUGCGACAGCCCAGUAAGCUGUUGUGUAAGUCAUCGAUCAUCUGUUAGUAUGGAUUCCGGAUGUGUUUCACUCUCUUCUGACUUCAGCAGUCAAUCACCAAUGCCUUCCAACACGAACCGAAAAUUCUCACUGGAAGAUCAGCGAAAGAAAACGGAACAGAAUGUGACCACUGCUGAAGUUGAAACUGACGAAAAUUCGCAACUUGUGGCUAUGGCUAUUGAAAGCACCACAGCGUUACGUUGCAACGAUACAAAGUGCUGUACGAACUGGCCAAGACCGAAGUCAAUGUAUUUCAAUUAUCCGGUUGGAAAGGCCGUUGUUGUUGAUUCACUUUCAUUCUCACAGAUUACUCCGCCUCCAACUCAUCGCAAAUUUUUUACGAUUGGGAGGUCAGAAAGUGUUCAGACUCAUCGUCCAUGUCUGGCCAUGAGUUAUAUCGACACCCAUUCUCCGAUAAUGUUGCAAGAGGAACAAUCACCGAAACUUUUCUCGCUUAAUCAGUCGCCGAUGUUACAUGCUAAACCUGUUACCAUAUCAUUAUCCUCAAAGAUACCAUCAUCUCCAUACAUGAGACUUAAAGACCCUUAUAAACCAUUAAAAAAUUGCCAAAUUACACCACAACAAUCAGUCAAUCUACAACCCGACCGUCAGUCAAUUUUCCAUGCAAGCCGAAUAUUCCUAAAUCGUUCGCCACGCAUUAUGCAAUGUGGUAAACAGCGCAUGAACAUUGAUAAGUACGAUUCAGAUGAAGAAAGUCCACGACUACUACGCGCACAACCAGCCGUCGUUCUUAGCAGACAGCAAAGUUACGCUCAUUCGAAUGAAAGUUCACCUCGUGAGUUGCGGAAAGUACAUCUAAUUGAAAAUCCCAAUUCACUGUCUAAUGCCCCAGUUUUAGAAUAUCAUCAGCAGCUCAAUCGUUAUGAAAAUUCGCAGAAUCCCGAAAUAAUUGUAUCUGAUCGAACUCGUCGUCGAAGGAAGGAAAAAGACUGGAAGGAAUCUGAGGACCUGUAG